GAAAACUGUUCGACCAAAAUUGUCUGAUAAAAAUUGUUAGACCAAGUUUGUUGGACCAUAAUUGUCGUAGCAAAUCUUUUAGACCAAAAUUAUCGGAUCAAAAUCCAUGUUGGACCACAAGUAAUCGUUGUUCCAAGCUAAUCGAAGAUUUUAAGAGCGACCUUCUGCCAGCUUGACAGUAAAGUUUCUUGUUUUCUUGCAAAAGUUUUCCGUUCGUCAUAAUAAAAAUUCGUCAUAACGAUCGAAGGAAACGAUUUAUGUACCUCGGAAAUAUGUUCUCGGCCGCAGGAAAAUAAUGUCGGUUACUCUAGACCGUGAAAUUGACAUUUUGAAAUACAAUGUCGGCCGAGCAUUGGCAAUUCUCGAUCGAACUUACGUUACGCCAAAGCACGUCGACCGUCGUAAACAGAAACUGUCGAAACCACAAAAAUAGCACUUCGCGAACACAAUAGAAAAAGCAGCUUAAAAUUCAUUCGCACGAAACCAAAUUCGAUUGCGCGGAGUCGAUAAAAAGGAGACCAAAUCGCGAGGAAAACCACUGGCUCAAGCGCAAUUAACAAUUAGAAAUCGCUGUUGUAAACACAAUUCUGUGCCAACCCACCGAAGAGCUAACACCAAAUUCGAUCAUUCUUUAUCUUUCGAUGAAAAAACGUAAUAACGACGGUGUCGGUAUAUCGUAUCCCAGAGAUUGCAAAUGAAUAAUUCGAUUAUUCAUACAUUAUUCAUUUUUCCAUAAUUCAUCAAGUCUUUUGUGCAUAAUCCACUAUUUUCUCUGGGGGAAAAUACUCUCACCGCACUGGAAUCUAGCUUAUUCGACCCAUCGAAACGCGAAUAUGUUAUCGUCCAAACAGAUUAUACGUGCGAAUACUGUAAUCUGAUGCAAUUUGUAUGCAAGGCUAUUGUAAAAAUCGGCAAGGGCGUAAUCUAGCCGCGUGAAUAAAACAUUCCAGUAUCCGAACAUUCAUACGAAAUCCUUUGUUUGCAGAGAAUUGAAUUAUUGUCGCGAACGAAGUCGAUGAUAAGAGAGGUCCAUUGUUCGAGAAAUCGCGAACUGCUGUCGCAAAUGAAGUUAACGACGAGAAAACCGCUGCCGAAAAUCGAAAAAUUCCGAGCUACCGUAUCGAAGUCAACGAUAAUAGAACCGGUGACGAUAGCAGACCCGAAAAAUUUCGAACGCCAAAAACCGCGAACCACCGUCGCGAAGUCAACAAUCGCGCGAAGGGUCCAAGUUCCCUCGUUUCAUGGAGUCAUCACCGUCCGACCGUUUCAUAGGUCCCCUUUCACGGUCCCCUAAUUCGUAAAGUUUCUUCGAAAAUGAGCCGCGCGACCGAUGAUCGCGCGUCGGGGGCCAAUUUUCGAGUAGGUGGUCGGUGGUGGGGGUUUGUUUUCCUUGCCGUUUGCGCGUUCGACAGCCGGUGAACGCGCUGCCGUCAGUUCGUCUCCGGAACCGGCGAAGCAGUCUUCGCCGAGGACUUUGAGUCUCUCUCCUCUCUUUUUCUCUCUCUUUCUUUCCGCGGACCGAAAUGCCCGGGAUCGGCGCCGCGUUAUCGUGAUCUCGUGGAAGCCGACCGGCCGAUCGGUCGAAGUUCGGCGAUCCGUGGAGAACUUGAAAUUCCGCUUUUCCUUUCAGUGUCGCGGUCGCGUUUCGGGUUUUGUUGUGCGCGACGACGACGGCGGCGUCAGUGCGAUCGAACGAGGGCGAGAGAGAGAGAGAGAGAGCCAACGUGCUUCUUAUCUGGACUCGAUGAAUUAUUGAGAAACGCUCUUCCAUUUCGCUCGCUGGUUUCCGUUUUGCCGCGCGCGCGUGCCGCAGGAUCGUGAGGCCGACGGGGGAAUAAAUGCGGCCCAACCGGAAGUCGAGUCGGGGCGGAAGAGGAAGAAGAGGCGGAAAGUGUGCUUUGACCAGAGAUCAAUAGAAGCUAGGAUCGUCCUGUCCUCGAUCCUCGUCCUCUUUCUCCCUCUGAUUUGUGUGCGUGUGCGGCGCUUUUCCGGAGAGGUCUGUGUCAGCUGUUCUUCGAUCGCCGAGAUUUCCGUGCGAAAUGGCGACGUCCAGCAGCGAGGAUAGCCAGGACUACGGUCUGGGGUAUCAGAACACUCUGAUGUAUGGUCGCUAUACGAAAGACCUGGGUGAGUACGCGAAGGAAGAGGCUCAGAAGCUCAAGUACCAUGAGGCCAAACGGAAGUAUAAAAAGGGCAGAGAAGAGGAGUUCCGGAAAUCGGGGAGAGGUCCUCUUUGCAGGAAGCUGCUCGCUCUGCUCGCCUUCGCCUGGAAACAUACCGGAGCUAGAUUAGGCGAGGACUGGGUCUUCCUGGCCCUGUUAGGUAUCAUCAUGGCGUUGAUCAGCUACGCCAUGGAUCGUGGCAUUUCCAUGUGCAACAACGCCAGGAUAUGGCUUUAUCAGGACCUUACGCAGCAUCCGGCGCUCCAGUAUGUGGCGUGGGUGUCGCUUCCGGUUUGCCUGAUCCUGUUCAGCGCGGGAUUCGUACACAUCGUUGCUCCUCAGAGCAUUGGUUCCGGGAUCCCGGAGAUGAAGACCAUCCUCAGAGGUGUCGCCUUGAAAGAGUACCUGACCUUCCGCACCCUGAUCGCCAAGGUGAUAGGUCUGACGGCGACCUUGGGUUCCGGCCUGCCCCUGGGCAAGGAGGGUCCGUUCGUCCACAUCGCCAGCAUAGUAGCAACGCUGCUGUCGAAGUUGGUGACCAGCUUCCAGGGGAUCUACGAGAACGAGAGCAGGAACUGCGAGAUGUUGGCAGCAGCCUGUGCGGUUGGAGUUGCCUCGUGUUUCGCCGCGCCGAUCGGCGGUGUCCUCUUCAGCAUCGAGGUCACCACGGUCUACUUCGCCGUGAGAAAUUACUGGAGAGGAUUCUUCGCGGCUGUUUGCGGAGCCACGAUGUUCCGAUUGCUGGCCAUCUGGUUCCAAAGGGAGGAGACCAUCACCGCGAUGUUCGCCACCAAUUUUACCAUGGACUUCCCGUUCGACCCGCAAGAGCUGUUCGUCUUUGCCUUGAUCGGAGUUGGCAGCGGACUCGGCGGCGCGUUCUAUGUCUGGCUGCACAGACAGUACGUGAUCUUCAUGAGAAAGAACAAGAGCAUGAACAGCUUCCUGCAGAAAAAUCGUUUUUUAUACCCCGGAAUCGUCUCGCUGCUGGUCUCCUCCGUCUCGUUUCCGCUGGGAUUGGGCCAGUUCAUGGCCGGCGAUCUGAACACCCACGACCAAGUAUACGGCCUGUUCACCAACUUCAGCUGGACCAAAGAGGAGCUCGGGGUCGAGGAAAUGAACAUGGUGAAGCACUGGUCGACGGCGUACACGGACGUGUUCACCGGUCUCCUCGGUUUCGUCGCGUUCACGUUCAUCUUUUCCAUUAUAAGCUCGACGGUGCCCGUCCCCUCUGGGAUCUUCAUACCGGUCUUCAAGAUCGGUGCAGCUCUUGGAAGAGCUGUCGGCGAGGCUAUGGCUCUGUGGUUUCCGACCGGUGUCCGUUACGGUGGCAUAAUCACUCCCAUAGUUCCAGGGGGCUAUGCUACCGUCGGAGCCGCAGCGUUUUCGGGAGCAGUGACCCAUACCAUCUCUGUCAGUGUCAUAGUCUUCGAGAUGACCGGUCAGAUCACUCACAUCGUCCCCAUCAUGAUAGCAGUGCUGAUCAGCAACGCGAUCGCAGCUCUCCUGCAGCCUAGUAUCUACGACAGCAUCAUUCUGAUCAAGAAGCUGCCGUACUUGCCCGAUCUGUUGCCUUCUAGCUCCGGUAUGUACAACGUCUACGUGGAAGACUUCAUGGUCCGCGAGAUCAAGUACAUCUGGCACGGGAUCACGUAUCAGAGGCUGAAGGAGAUCUUGAAGGAAAACCGCAAGCUCCGAGGAUUCCCGCUGGUCGACAAUCCUGGCUCGAUGAUCCUGCUCGGGUCGAUCCAGAGGCUGGAGCUGAUCAAGCUGAUCGAGAAGCAUAUAGGACGCGAGAGGAGGCUGCAGGUCGCCCAAAAAUGGCAAAAGGAGGCCGAAGAGAGGGCCAGAGAGGAGAUGGAACGUCAGCUGAGGGACCAGGAGAGGACUAGAAGACCGUCUCGGUUCGAGGUGAUCCCAGCGCCGGACAUCCUGAAGAUGCAAAGACAAAGUGUCAACGAUCUAACGAUGUCGCCAAACAACGGCACCGGGCCCGAUCACCACACAUACCACUCGCCGGUGUUCGGCUCGCAGCCGAAAAAGUCCAUCUUGAAGAAGACGAACUCCUUCACCCUGAAGGGAUUCAGCCCUCUGGUCAGUCCAGCUGCUACGCCGUACACUACGGUCACAGGAGCUGAGAGCAGUUCCAGGAUACGUCUGGCCUUCGAGGCGAUCUUCAGGAAGUCGGCCACUCUGCAGGACGUGGACCCAGACCCAGAGAUAGGAUCAGGGGGAGCAACGAGAAGGGAGAGUCAGGAUGGAAUUAAUGUACAAUCGCACACGCCCAUGUUGGCACCUAGUCCAGCCACCUCGAAGAAAGUUCAACUGCCAAGGGAAAGAGUGAUAGACAUGUCAACGGAAGACCAGAAACGAUGGGAGGAGAGCGAGAUGGCGCUGGAGGUCGACUUCUCCAGGUGUCACAUCGACCCUGCGCCCUUCCAGCUGGUUGAAAGGACGUCCUUGCUGAAGGUGCACAGCCUUUUCAGCAUGGUAGGGGUGAACCAUGCGUAUGUGACUGCUAUUGGAAGGCUAGUUGGGGUUGUGGGGCUCAAAGAGUUGAGGAAAGCGAUAGAGGAUGCAAACGCCGGAAUCCUGCCGACUCACCAGGACUCCCACAUCGCCGUGUCUAGCUCUAGUCUAGCGAAAAGCGAGACGGACACCGAGAGCAAGAACGCUAGCACAAUGAAUUCCAUCGCCUCGGUCGAGUGCGAGAAAGUGGAGAAAGUCUGAGAGAUACUUGAGACAGAAAGAAAGAAAGAAAGAGAGAGAGAGAGAGAGAGAGAGAGAAAGUGAAUUGGAAAGAAAAGUAAACGAAUCUGAAAGAGAGAGAGAGAGACAUAAGUAGAAGCAAACAUGUGAUAGUCGCCGAGCCGAACCGGCCAGGCAACGCGACCCUGAACGACAAGAGAGACCUUUUUAAUUAGAGAUGAAUCCUCUUCCUUCCGCGACCCAUUCGACAGUUCCGGAACACUCGAGUAGCAAACCAGUCGCCAGCGGUGGAUCGCUUUCGAACGCUCCUCUCGUACUUAAAUGAGGACAGGAUUGAUAGAAAACCGCGUCUUAAAGGCUUCCUUCCGGACCGCAAGUACCACGGAACGUACAUCACGGCUUUUGGAUUUAGAUUCGACGCGUAGCCUGCUGUAGAUCAUCGCUGGGACCUCCGGGAUCAGGAUUCUGUGGUAGGGACACUGCUUCGGCGUUUCCAUGACUGGACGAUGCAUCGGAACAACGACGGGACGCUCCAAGAUAGCAGAUAGCUUCCAGAGGUCUUUGAGAACGUUUAGGUUAUCGGUGCUAAGGGUGAUCAGUUUAGAAUUUAUUAGGGUAGCUUGUUUAUAGAACCGGGACUUGUUGUCGAGACCGUAUUGCAACUGUAAUGAGGAACACACAUAGAGUAUCAGUGUUAACUUAGAAGCUUUUCGCGUUUAUUCCAUGGACACCAACGUUAAGUACCAAGUACAGACUAUAUUUAGCCAUCAGUUACCAGAACCUCCAAGAAGUCAACACUUAGGGUAUCAACAUUUGAGAAGCAGGUCGUUGGCAGACAGAGUCUGAAGCAGUCCGAAACCACUAAUCGUAGAAGGAUGUGAUCCUCUGCAAAGAUCUAAGUGUAGAUCCUUCCCCGGUAAACCGCAAGGAAUGAUCCUCGAGUCGCGUUAACAAAGGAAGUUAGGCUUGUGUGAGAGCGAGAGUGUGAGAGCGAUGAAGUCAGUGUCCAAAAGAUCCUCCUCGACGCCCGUGGUCGCUAUGCUAAACAACCGGAUGCUCCAUCGGUGGUCAUUAUAAUAUCGAAAAGGGAAACUGAGAGAGAGAGAGAGAGAGAGAGAGAGAAAGAGAGAGAAAGGGGAGAGACGGACGGUGGUUCAGGAGCGAUCGGAUCGUAGAGAACAAUUGUUCGACAGCUACGUGGAUCACGGCCGGGUGAUCAAUAAUGUAUAGCGUUCCGUGAGGAGCGUGUUCGACGAUCGAUCGAGGAGGAACGAGGAUCCAGGACUCGCAGAGUGCUCUAGCUUGUAACUGUCUAACCAUGGUUGUGCCAACCUAUUUAUUCUAAUUGUUAAUCGUUAAUGAACCGCGCGGAGAUUCGUCGAGUAAUCUAGAGAGAUCUAUAUUUCCUGUCCUCGCGAGAUCGCGACGGAUCUAUCGUAGCACAAUAUUUGUUCUUGCUGUUAGAUCCUCGCGGUCUCACGAUGAUCGUCGAUGCUCCCCUCCCAGAUCAAAUUGAAUACGGACGAUGGUGUCGAGGAGCGGAGAGGGGGCAUCGUUCUAGUUAGAGGAUAUUUUAAUGACGUAGCGAUAAUCGAUAAAUAAAGAAAAGGAACAACGAUGUCUUAAUUAAUCGUUACAGAUGAACCAGAUACGUCUUUCAGUGUUAUAUCUAGGACCAGAGGCGGCCCACCACCGUCCAAUUAAUUAAUUUAAGACACAUUCCAUCUUGACGAACAACUUCGCGAUGCAUCCCAUUUUAUUGUAAAUCUAUCUCGCCGCGCGUUUCACUACAGGCCGUAGACGACGCUUCGACGGCCGCCGAGUUUAUCCGUACAAUCUGUACAAUUCGGGAGAAGACAUUAAAUAAUUUAUUAUACUAUUUA